AUGAGUAUGGGACGGCGCGAAACCCCACAGGACAUAAUCCAGGGUUCAAUGGAAGAGCCUCUCAGCGACGUCGAUGACACAGACGGCUGGAGGAAUUAUUGUAACAAAGUCCCUUUGGCCGGAUCACUUCCAUUAAUGACGGUUUUGCCCUCUUCUAACAUCCUCGGCUCUCCCGACGACACCACGCUUAACUCGACGUCAGCCGGGCUGACCAGCCCUCACCUCCGCACCGUCGCGAGUUCUAUUGCGGCAGUCAUGGACAUGGAUGCUUCGGAUCAGAUGGAGGGCUCGAGCCCCUACUGGCGCAACGUCUAUAUCUCCGGGCUCCCGUCGCACUACCGCUCAAACGACUUUCGGGCGUUGUGCCAGCGGUUUGGCCGCGUGGAGGCGUCCAAGCUGUGCGUGGACGGCAGCACGACCCCGACCAAAGGCUACGGCUUCGCCCUCUUCUACACCGACGAGAGCGCCGCGGCGUGCAUUCAGGGGCUGAACAACGCGCUGCUCUGCGGGCGCCGCCUGCAGGUGCGCUACGCGGACCCCGGCGCGACCCCGCGCGCGGCCAAUGGGGUAAAUGCAAUGGAGACGUUGCACCCGCCGAUUCUCCGUGAACGUCGUCGCCGGCCGAGCAAGAACGUCAACAGCGGCACAGUUAACCUGCCCGUUUUCGCCCCUGCCUACCCGGACUUGAGCUCCUUAUCUUUCUGCCCUGACGCCGCCAUCGUGAAGGGGACUGCGUUGCCGCCGAGCGGAUCGUUCACAACGCCAUCGGCUCCGCUGCUGGUGAUGCCCCUUGGUGUGGCAGUACUGCCGCUGCCGCUUCUGGGGGCCGAGAGUUGCGUGUGGAUGAUGGCGCCGCCAAACCAGCAGGCGAAUUUUUGCCCACCGGCCGCCCCUGCCGCCCUGCGGAACCCCUUCGAGCCCGGUUACCCACAACGGCGAGGCGGCAGCGGAGGGGAGGACGUGGACGCCCUGUAG